GCAGAGUUAACCACCGGCCGUGCGCGCGCACGAGCAGAAAAGCUCAAGCGCGCGCGAGAGAGGGGGCGGGGAGGAGGCAAGCUCGAAAGCUCACAUGUAUUAAAAGUACGGCCACAGUGGUCGUGGUGUUGCUCACUGUCCCGCGGGCUGCUCCGCGGCCGCAUUGUGCCGACGACCGCCAGCCGAGUCGAGCUUUAUUCGCGGACUUGUGCGCGCCGGUUGCACACAAAUUGUGCAUUAUAAUAUACAUACAGCGCUGUAUCGUGCGCGCGCGCGCGCGAUACGUGUAUCGUAUGUGGUAUGUAUAACUAGCGAAGAGAGAAGUAAAUAAAUAGAAGCACGUUACGCGGGUGUUGUUGGCCAGCGGGUCGGUUCUACGUGUAGGUAUAAUAAUAUAUUAUGACGGGGAUGAGGUGCAGUGCUCGGGCCCGAGGGCCUACUUUGACCAUUGCGGGGGGCUCGCACACGUGCGCGGCCCGUCCUGAUUGUCCAUCGGUGGAGUUGACGAGUAAGCUGCGCCCGAGAGCCAGCUAAGGGAAAAGACAGACGCGGUCCUCUUGAUUCCUCCUUCCCGUCUUUGCCGCCGUCCGAAGCAUGGAUUGCUGCAACUACAUGCAACCGUCGUACUUUUACCAGCAGCCGCAGCAGCUCCAUCACCACCUCUACCACCACCACCAACAACAGCAACAACAGCAACAACAGCAACAACAACAACAACAACAACAACAACAACAACAACAACAGCUGCAUCAUAAUCACGGCUAUCAUCAGCCUCAUCAGCAACAGUACAACAAUCACCAGCAUGGCACGGGCAGGCCGAUGCAGCAGCCCUACUGUUACGAGGCCUACGCGCCCUACGCCAGUCCCAGGCCCUACGGUUGCGGCCUGCUCUCGCCGUCUGCCUAUCAUCCGACCGAUUACGUGUACAAUCCUAAGGAGGCCCGGCUACGCAAAGCAAUGCGGGACCAAAGUCGCGAGCAACACCAAGUCCAAAGGCCGCAUCAGCAGCAACAGUCACCGGCCGGCGGUCCGAGCAACACCAACGGCAACGGCAGUUUAACCAACAACAACAAUGAUAACUGCAACAACAACAAUAACAACAGUAGCAACAGCAGUGGCAACGGUAACCCGUCGUGGUUCACCGUCUCGAGCCCGCCGGCUCCGCCGCCUCCGCCGCCCCCGUUGCCCCCCGCUGCUGCCAACGGUGUUGCCGCCAGCUCGCCGGCCACUCAUCCCAAGCCCAUUCUCUCGCCCAGGGUGAUGGCUGCCCAUCAGCGCACCCUGGACAAGACCAAGGACGUGAUAAGGAAGCAGCUGGAGUGCGGGGCCACGGAUUUUUCGGGUGUGUCGGCAGCCGGUACCGUCGCCAGCUAUCACCAGCACCAUGCCGGUGACUAUCCUACGAGUCACGGGGCUCAGGACGCAGCAGCUUACGACUACUCGUCCGAAGCCCAAAAAUGGCACCCCUAUCAGAACGGAAUGAGCGGCUAUCACUCGCGAAGCGCGCUCAUCUCGAAGAUGAACAGCUUGAACAGGGGCAUGCCGAGCUUAGCUUCCCACGCUACUUCGGCCUGGGGACAAUUCUGCAGCGUUCCUUUUCCCGCGAGCCAGAGCGCGAGCAACAGACACAUGGUCUUCCUACAACAGCAGCAACACUGCAACUACCCGUCGGCCGAUGUGCGGCCAAACUGCUCCUACGAGGCUAAGAUGCAAGACGGCCUCACUCCACGGCUGAACCCGUCGUUUCCUCGGGAGGAGGCGCAGCCGGUCCCGAAAUCCCGCGCCGAACCUCCACACCCUUUCUCCGAGCAACCCAGUAAAGAAGAUACCAGACAACCCCGAUCCCUGCCCUGGAUCCGAGCCAGUCCUUGCCUCGGGUACUCUCCACCGCUGUUUUCCCGCAAGCUCUCCACCAGCGCGCUACCGCCGGCACUCGAUCGCCACAGCGACUGCGACUGCACGCGACUCGCCCGGCCAAAGGACCACGGCCCAGGCGGUGCAGCCCAUCAGCAAGACGAGUGCCUGGAUCUCCGCGUCCUACCACCGAGGAAAAAAUUCAAGGACAACCACGACGUUGUAAUAUAA